CAAUUCUAAUCAUAUAAAAAUAAUUCCAAAAAUAUCAAAUAAAAAUACUUAUAAUUAAUAUACGCGUAUGACUAGUAGUAUAUACUUAAGCCGGCCUUAAUCAGACAGCCGGCCAUUAACACCUUAAUUAAAAGUUAACUAAUCAAAUUCAAACAGUUUAAAUACCCUCUCAUGCACUAACUCACCAACCUCUAACUGAUAAUAAAAUCAAGAACCCUAAAUCAAGAAUAUAAUGAGGCAAGCGGGGACAUACUCAGGAUUAUUAUUAUCAGGAAGAAGUGGACCACACUGUCUGCCAUUAGCAAGAAUAAAGAAAAUAAUGAAGAAAUCUGGAGAUGAUGUCAAGAUGAUUUCUGGGGAAGCUCCCAUUGUGUUUGCAAAAGCUUGUGAGCUUUUCAUUGAAGAACUUACGAAGAAAUCUUGGAUGGUGACCAUGCAAUCCAAGAGAAGAACUCUUCAUAAAGAUGAUGUUGUUUCUGCUGUUAUUGCUACUGAUAUUUUCGAUUUUCUUUUUAGCUUACUUGAUCAUCACUCUAUCGAUGAUGAUCCUCCGCUGUCGGAUGUAAAAUAA